AUGGACCCAUCAAACGUCUUGCUCAAAUUCAUCGCCUUGCUUACAUGCUUUCUUCCUGUUCUUCAGGCCUGUCCUCAGAAUUGUCACUGUCAUGGAGGAGACCUCCACCAUGUCAUUUGUGACAAUGUUGGAUUGAGAAGGAUUCCCAAGGUAGCUGAGCAAACCCGGCUUCUCAAUCUGCAGAGAAACAAUUUCCCUGUGCUGCCAACCAACGGUUUCAGAGAGAUGAAAAAUCUUGUCUCUCUUCACCUCCAAAAUUCCCACAUCAAAGAAAUCUCCAGUGGAGCUUUCCGCGGCCUGAAGCAACUGGUCUACCUUUACUUGUCAAAUAAUGACAUCAGUACCAUAAAGAUGGGAGCCUUUGAUGACCUGACAGAACUUACUUACCUCUACCUAGAUCAUAACAAGAUAUCUGAUCUGCCCAAGGGGCUCCUCUCUCCACUGAUUAAUCUUUUCAUCCUGCAGCUAGGUAACAACAGGCUCCGAGAGCUGAGAUCAGGAGCCUUCCAUGGUACUAAGAACCUUCGCUGGUUCUAUCUCUCUAAUAACUCAAUCUCCUCCAUCCAACCUGGGGCCUUGGAAGAUGUGGAAAACCUAGCCAUAUUCCACUUGGAUAAGAACCAGCUAAGCAGCUACCCUGUGGCUGCCAUGAGCAAAUUAAGGGUGGUGGAAGACCUGAAGCUCUCAAACAACCCAAUAAAGUCCAUUCCAGAUUUAGCCUUCCAAUCUUUUGGACGGUACAUGGAGACUCUCAGCUUGGACAACAUGGGAUUAGAAAAGUUUUCAGAUAAAGCAUUUGUUGGGACAACUGCACUGAAGAAUGUUCAUAUAGAGCACAACAAAAUUUCCAGUCUUCCUAGGAGCUUUCCAUUCACCCGUCUUGAGACACUCUCCCUGUCCAAUAACCCUUGGCAUUGUUCUUGUCAGUUAGCACCUUUGCGCAGAUGGCUGGGAUCUACUCGUACUCGCCCAGAUGCAGUCUGUGCAUCACCUCCUCAGACUCGAGGACAGCAGAUUCGAGACACUGCUGCGCUCCGUAGCUGCAAACUUCCCUCUAAGAGAUCCAAAAAAGGAAAUCGCCAUUAAGCAGGCAAUCCAGUUUUUCAAGAAUUUUCAGUUAAAUAUCUGUUAACCCUUAGAGGUGGUCUAGACAAGAAGUGCCAACUAUGACUAACACUAUCUUAUUGUAAGGUUAAAGUACAAAUCUUGCAAAUCUAAAGGUAUAUUUCUCUCCCCCCCCCAUCUUUACAGUUCAAGAGGGAGGGUCCCUUCUGGGAUAUUUCCCCUGCCUCAUUUCUUCUGUGGGCUAAACUGUCUCUUAUCUGAUUGUUACCUAAUCUCCUCCUCUCCCUCCUAUCUCUCAAAAACAUUCUCACAGACCAUUUCAAUAUCUCACCCUGUUUCGAAUGCCAAUGUAAUUUUACUUAAGUAUAGGAGU